AUGGGGCGCCUGCAUUGGCGAGGCGCGCGUGGCAGCCCUACACGCUACCCUCUGUGUACAAAGGGAGGAUGGGGAAUAAGUCCGGACGAUUCUCCCAUCGCCGUAGGGACGCUCAUUAGCCUGACCGUUGCUGUCACAGCCAUGGAUGAUGGCGCAGACGAAGCAGCUUUCAAGUCUAACGACACGCUUACUCAAAGGAAGGUCUUUUAUGCAGACUCCUACAUGCUCACACACAUCUGCUUUGGGGUGAAUUUCAGCUUUCUGCUGAUCCAUCUCGUGACGCUCAUCUCCUUCAAGAAGGCACGACAUUUCUACGGUGUGGGUUACUUCCUCGGUCAAAUCUUCCUAAGUAUCUCCGCCCUCCUAACUCUGGUCUGCUGCAGUCUUGACAUAGGAAGUCGAAGCUUUGCAAUCAUCCUCCUGACCGCAAACUUCGGCUAUCUUGUCAACCUGUCCGCCCAGGCCCUCUCCGCCAUCAUUGGCUUCAUCUUCUCCUUCCAUUCAGACUCCUCCCAUCGUUCCAUUGGCUGCUUUCGCAAAACCUGGGUCAAUGCUAUCGCCUUGGUCUGCAUCUUUGCUGUGCCGCUUAGCAUGACUAUCCAACAGUCUUUUCCUGUGAUAAACGAGUCAACUCUUCUCGGUUCUGCCGACAGCGUUGGAGAUAGUGGGGCGACUAGCGCAGUGAGGUCACAACGAGUCGCUUGCAGUUUCGUAGCCAGCACCGACACCCUCUACUUCUUCCUCACACCAGCAGUCCUCCUACUUCUAGUCCAAUUCGUGGUCAUAUGCGUAGCACUGAGACGAUGGUCAACAUUGGAUAAUCUGAGCAAGGGAAUGAAACGACAACAGAGGCUCAUUGCCCUACUAAAAACGUGCUUGGGGCAGCUGCUAGUAUGGGGUACGGCUCUAGUGGCCCUGUUGACGGCAUCAAAUACCCUAUGGAAUGUCUUCAUGCUGUGCACCGCACUGCAGUCCAUCUUCUCCACCAUGGUCUGCAUCCUCUCGCGUUCAGUGGUUGGAGCGGCUCUAGCAUCGAAGUACCGAUCCGGAGGAGACAUCGCAGACUAUCCCAACAAUGUGCAACAUUCAAUUAAUGAUGAUCGCGAGAUGCUUGAUUUAUGUCGGUAUAAGUUGGGUGAUGAUAGCGAACGAUUCUACCGAUAG